CCUUCUCUCCUUAUGGCUUGAGGUGGGGCACAAUAUUGGAAGCAGGUCCUGCCAUUGGCAACCCUUAACUCUCUUCCGCUUCUUCUCUUGGCAGUGAAACUAAUGGAACCUGACGCUUCGGAGGGCCAACCCGGACAGCUCUACAGCCUGGAAGUGUCUAGAACAGCCACCCUCCGCCGCGAUCUCCAUGUCCUCCGGGCCGAACUAACUCUUUUUGGUAAUGUGACUGGCGCCCACGUCUACAAACUGGACGAAGGCAAGUUAAGCAGGAAUCACAUUCCGACCGUUUCGGUCUCUCCGUCGACACUGACGCUUGACCUCCGGGACUUCGUGUCGGCGUGGCUGGCUGGUCCGGAGCCAAGCCUCCAUUUGGUCUUGGCAUUUUCUAUACCAGUGGAGUUUGAGCAAAUGAUGGAGGUGGAGACCCGGGAACGUCAGCGCCCGGUGCGGAAAGUGCGGCAAGCGCAGCAAGUUGACACGGAGGACGAGGAGUGCAGCAAAGGUGAGGGGAAGUGCUGCCUGCGCUCGCUCAAGGUCUCCUUCGAGGCCAUCGGCUGGUCUGACUGGGUGGUAGCCCCCCGCAGCUACUCCAUGAAGUUCUGUCAAGGCUCCUGCCCGCACAACUACAAGCCAGCCAGCAUCCACGCCCAGAUCAAGGCUCGGCUGCACAGCCUCUCAGGAGAGGCUCCAGCCCCUUGCUGCGUCCCAGCCGGCUACGAGCCCAUGGUCCUCAUGCACUACGGGGAUGACGGGAAGGUCGUCGCACAAGUCUUCGAGGACAUGAUCGUCACACGCUGCCACUGCGCAUAAUGGCAGAUAUCUAUAUCUAUCUGUAUUAUGCCCGCAUUGACUCGAAUCUUAACAUUCACUUUUUUGGGGCUCAAUGAGCUUGCUAACAUUAGGGUGCGCAUUAGAUUUGCAUCAUAUGGUCAUCUUAGUCCUGAGCUAAAGCUAAAGGGGAAGCUGCUUCAGGAGUUUCUCUUUGAGGGACCUCAUCUCUCAUUCAGUGCCUAUGACUCAAUGCUAUGCAAUGCUGGGAUUUGUUGUUUUGGCAACAUACCACAUUUACUCAAUUCUAAUGCUCACCUUUUGGGACUCAAUGACCUUGCCAACACUAGGGUGCGCAUUAGAUUUGCAUCAUGUGGUCAUCUUAGUCCUGAACCAAAGCUAAAGGGGAAGUUGCUUCUGGAGCUUCUCUUUGAGGGACCGUUUCUCUCAUUCAACAGCUACGACUCAAUGCUAUGCAAUGCUGGGAUUUGUAAUUUGGUGAGGCAUCCAUUCUACAGCAUUGAUGCAUCCCAUGGUUUUAUUUUCCCAUCCCUUUGGGAGAGAAG